AUGUCUGAGGAGGAGGGAGCCGAAAUCAACAUGUUCAAUAUCAUCUCGCCUAUGCUUGAAGAGCUUCCCGAGGAGGAUCGCCAUGCUAUUGAAGCUCAAAAGCGGGAGGUUGAGAAGAUGAUGCUUGCAUGCUAUCAGAAAACACGUCAAGGUGUCAUCAAGAAGGGCGAUCUGAUAUCAAUUGUCCAUGCCAAGCAUGAGGUAAAGACCCAUGUAAGUGAUUCCACUCAUGAUUUCAAAGAGCACAUUGCGCAUAUGGUAGAUCAGUCUGUUGGUGCUGCUAUGUUCAAUAAUUCUGAAACAUUGGUUAAAAGUCUAGAUCAUGUACCGUCUAGUCGUGUUAGGGCUUUGUUUAUUGAAUUGCAAGAUGAAAAAGUGGAUCCUAUUUCAUCCUUUGAAGUAAGCACGCCAUCCAAGGAGACCCCAUCAACUUCAUGCAAGCUGUCUAGGUCCAAAAUGCCUGCUGAACUACCUGGAGUAGGAUCCUUAAGCCUUAAGCAGGUUAUGAAGGCUACUCGGAAAUUUUCCCGUUCAUUUAAAUUAGGUGAAGGAGGAUUCUGGACAGUCUACAAGGCUAUAUUACCUGAUAACCAGAUUGUUACUGUCCGGAGAGCUAAGAAGGGUCACGCUCAAGAUGCAAAAAAUCUGAUGAAAGUGGACCUUGCAAAAAUAAAUCACUGGAGUUUGGUGAGGUUUCUAGGUUUUAUUGACAAAGGAAAUGAGUUUAUUAUGAUUACAGAGUAUGUUCCAAAUGGCACUAUUAGAGAACACCUGACCGACCAACAUGUGAGAACCCUGGAUUUUAGUCAACGCAUAGUGAUUGCCAUCGAUGUUGCUAUUGCGUUGACUUACCUCCAUUUGGCUGUUGUGGUGUUGCUGCUGCUGGUGGGAGCCAUCAUCGUGCUCCAGUUGACGUGCCUCUUGGUCCUCGUCGCGCAUGGAUUGGAUUUGUAG